CGAAAACGAGCCCUGUGAGCUACUUACAAGACAAACUGAAAACAUGAAAGGCAGCAUAGCAGAAGGAGAGGUGCUGAAAACAGAGCCAGUGAGAUCAAGAGUUGCAUUAAAAGAAAAGGAGGAGCCGGGAGAAGGUGAAAGGGUGAAGCUCCAGUUACCAGGAAAGGAUGGGCUCUAUCCUGGAGACGCUGGAAGGCAGCACUGUGACAUGGCUCUGAGGAUCCUGAGCCUGAAAGUAAAGCAGACUUUGAAGCAGUUGCAAGAGGCCCAGAAUCGACAAAGAGAAGUUGUUCAGAGUUCGCAGAGGCUGCAGGACCACUUGCAGAAGCUUCAGGCUGGAUGUUCUGAGGCAGAAGUUAUGGUACAGGAGCAAGGAGAGAAAACUGCAGCGCUUCAGAAGCUACACACAGGCCUGACUAGAGUCAAAGAGGAACGAAUAAAGAAACUAAACAAAAUCACAGUCUCUCUGAAGUGUUCUCUGGAUCAAAUGAAGAAUAAAAAUGAAGAAUUAGAGAGGGAGCUCACCGAAAUAAAGAAACACUUAGGAGUAAUGAGAAAGAAAUUGAAUGACCAUGUAAAUGGAGAAUUUAGUUGCCAUGGAAAUUUAAAAACUAAAGAACAAGAAGUGAAUGUUUCAGUGGAUAUGUUUAAAAAUGAGGCUUUGGUGAAUACUGCUGCCAUGGACCUACAUGUACACACCUUUGUGUUUGCACGUUUUAAGUUUUCCUUCGUGAAUAUUUACAGCAAUCGCUGA